AUGAUGGUAUCUCGGCCAAACCCCCGGGGUCCAGAGGAAGAAGCGAACGAGGAGAGGCGCGACAAUGUCAGGGCGCGCAUCCUCCGCUGCCAACAUGGCCAAGCCCUGGCGAAGGAAACUUGCGACAUUCUGGUCGACAUGUGGCACAAGGGAGAACUUAAAGAUGGCACGGAUAGCCUCGGUGACGGGUUUGGGUGUCUCGACAAUGGUCUCUUUUACGGAUUCCUUUCAAGAGACAACGCCCCCCCCUACAAUGUUCGUAGGAGAGAGGACGAUGGCGACUCCUUCUGGAGCAAGGGCGAGGCGAGGCGAAGGCAUAGCGACCGCGUGUUCCGGGCAUGCUUAACGGCCGGUUUUCCGGUGCUUAUUGAGGGAGAUAUCACGCGGUCUGUAAUGGGGGCUGUUUGUAAAGCAGCUGUUGGGAUGCACAUCUCGAAGCUGAGGAACCUUGGAGUGAGGCGCGGCACGUCCAUGUUUAGCUUGUCGGAGGAGUUCGUCGACUGCUGGGUCGAAGGGAACGUGGGGGACAACAUGCUAAGAGAUGCAUUCGGUGGCAAGACGACAUGGACGAUUCAAAACUUCGAGGAGAACCAGAGGGUGGACGCUUGUUCGUAUCAGACGAUAGAAUGCGCCGCCGCAACAGGUAUCGUGCGCAAGACCAGAAUGGGAGCCUUGUGCUACCCUGACACAGCUGACACAGCCGGCACUGACAAUACGGGAGGCGAACUCACUAAGCCGGUGUCGAUAGGAGAGGUUUUGUGGGCGGGAAGCGAGGUGACGGCAUUCGCCACGAGGCGCGGUAGUGUCACCCACAUUCACGUGGACGCCCUCGAGGUUAACGAGAAGCCCUUAUUCCUUCCUGCAGCCGGUGCCAUGCGGUCUGUGAACCGGGGAGACCGCGGCCCUGCGAAACGAGCAAUAGUAGUUUGCGCCCAUGACAUGGACCGAGUAGUACGGCUCUUCAAACUAGACGUACGCAAACCUCCGGCGAUGCAGUACGGCGGGGCCGUUUCAGACCUCCGACGGUUGGCCGCCGAGUUGAAGGCCAACAGCAUCGGGUUUGUUGUCAUCGAUUUCCCGGAAGCAUGCUCGUAUGCGAUUCCGGGAAAAUGCGCCCACAUGUCCGUCACACUGCGGUUAGUUGAGACGUGCGCUUGGAACCCGGCUCUGCCCUUCUGA